AUGCUUCGAAAUUGUUUUGGUGGUAAAGCCACUUCUGAAUUUACUUGGCUUGUCCAGAUUCAUCGUAAUCGUACUCAAUGGUCUUCUGCUUGGGUGAAAUCACACUUCACUGCCGGUUUGAAGACCACACAGUUAAGCGAGUCGUUCAGUGCCUUUCUUCGCGACUUUCUUCAGCCAGACCACUCACUUGUGCAAUUCUUUAUCCAUUUCAAUGUUAUGGUUGAGAAAAUGCGAGAUAAUCAUGCUGAUUGUGAUUUCAAGGCUGCCAAUACUAGGCCGAGAAACAAUUAUCCCAACAGCCAACUCCUGAGGUCUGUUGUCGCCAAGUAUACUCCAGCAUCGUUUGCAUUCAUUCACAAGCAAUAUGAUCUUUCUUUCAAAUAUUAUUAUGAGGAGGACACGUCAAGAAGUUCAAUUUCUAACAGAGUUUUCAAAGUGUUCACAAUUCAACUUGUUCGUGAUGCCGAUGAGAUGGAUUUUGAUAAUGAUGCCGCUGCGAAUGUAUAUAUGUCGGUCGAAGAAGUUCCAAAAAACCUUCUUCCUAAUGAUCAAGAUCCUUUACGACUUGAUGAGUGGGUUGUUACUGUAGAUAUUGGGAACAAGAUUUUUACUUGUACAUGUCGGAUGUUCGAGAACCGGGGAUUCUUAUGUCGCCAUGUUUUCAAGAUAUUAGACUUCUUAGGGUGUUCUGUCCAAUACCAGUCCUUGAAGUCCAUACCUGACCACUACAUAUUAAAGCGUUGGACUAAAGGAAUUCGUCCAUCCCUUGAUGCUUUAAAACCCAUCAGUAUUGGAGGUAUUCAAGAUACUACUUUUGCACAAAGAUAUCAACAAGCUUCUGGUGUUAUGCUUCAGAUUAUAACCCGUGUUUGCAUGGACCCUGAUGUGUGCCAAUUUUUUCUUAAUGCUGCAAUUGAAUGUGGGAACCAAGCGGAAGAGUUGAUUGUUGCUAAAGGUGUUUCCGGUCAACCUUCAACUUCCAGGUCUACAUCUUGCAAAGAUACUAGUGUUGCUGAACCUCUUGUAGUUGAUUCUAGUGGAAAAAAGUUCAAAAAGAGACCCAAUCCAAUCAGGGCUAAGAAACGGCUCAAAAGUGAUUAUGAGUUAGCUAGGGAGAGACAAAGAUUCAUCGCACAGCGGAAGAAACAAAAGAAAGAAGAAGAUGCUGCAAAAUUAGCUUUAACAAUCAACAAUGUUGAUUGA